AUGCAUUUAACUCGGUUUCUACGUUUCCCACAACAGUCAUUAGCACAUCUGAUUGAUCAUUAUGCUAAAUAUCCACCAACCGGUUUAACCAUGAAACGAAUUGUUGAAUUCGCACGUGAAGGUGAUGCUAAACAAUCAUAUUUAUUUCUUCGAAAUGAAUUACCCGUUCGACUUGCAUCAAUGAUGAAAGAAAUGGGACAUUUACCACCACGUCUUCUUGAAAUGCCAAGUGUUAAAACAGUUAAUGGUUGGUAUGGAACAAGUUUAACUGAAUUACAUACAUUCAAAGAGUUACCAGCAACUGGUGAUAGUGUGAAAAAAUUUACAGAAGUUUUACAAAAUAUACGUAAAAGACAUUCAACUGUUAUUGAAACAUUAGCACAAGGUUAUAUGGAAUUUUCUGAUCAGGCCGCAAUUAAAGAAUAUGAAGAAUCUCAAAUACAAUAUUUUCUCAAUCGAUUUUAUUUAUCUCGAAUCUCAAUUCGAUUACUCAUUUAUCAACAUACAAUGUGUUUUGGCGAAGAAGUACCGAUACAUCCCACGCAUUUAGGUUUUGUUGAUCCAAAUUGUUUGGUUGAAGAAAUUAUCAAAGAUGCCUUUGAAAAUGCUCAGUUUUUAUGUGAAGGCUAUUAUUUAACAGCUCCUCCGUUGGAACUUCGUAAAAUAAAUGCAGUAAAUGCUGAAGAACCAAUUGCAAUAGCUUAUGUACCAUCGCAUUUGUAUCAUAUUAUGUUCGAGUUAUUUAAAAAUUCAAUGCGUGCAACUGUAGAACAUGCUGAAAGCAAAAAAAUCAGUACUCCAUUGCCACCAGUUGUGGUUGAUGUUGUUAAAGCAAAGGAAGAUUUAACUAUUCGCAUUAGUGAUCGUGGUGGUGGUAUUCCACGUUCAAAAGCUGAUAAAAUCUUUCGAUAUAUGUAUUCAACUGCACCACGACCCGUCUCAUUAGUUGAUUCUCAACACUCAGGUCCAACACCACUUGCUGGUUUUGGUUAUGGUCUUCCAAUUAGUCGACUUUAUGCUCGAUAUUUUAAUGGUGAUUUAGAAAUUCAUUCAAUUGAUGGAUAUGGUACUGAUGCUUAUAUUUAUCUUCAAGCUGUUGAAGAUCAGGCUAGUGAAUGGUUACCAAUUUGUAAUCGUGCAGCAUAUGAAUAUUAUGUUUCACGUAAAUAUCAAUCAGAUUGGACAAAAAAGAAAUAA